AUGAUCACAACUAAAGCUGAUCGACUUCUGCGAAGUUUAAUUGAUGCCGGUCUAUCGCUGACGGAUUUCAUUCUCUUAGCAACGAAGGUUAUUCAUUUACAGCAAGAUUUCCAAACCGGCAAUGAAGGUCGGCGGGAGCGCGAUCGUGUCCGUCAGGAAAACCAACGGCGAAUGCAAUAUCAAUUUGAAGAACAAUUAAAAGAGGAAGAACAACGCCGUUUGAAAGGAUUGACAAAACUGCGUGAUUUAGGUUAUGUGAUCAACGAUGAAAUCAAUGCGGGCAAGGCCAAAGAUGAGAAAGCCAAUACAGAACCAUUGGUAAACUCAUUCACGAAAGAUAUGAACGAAAUGAAAGAGAAACAACGAGAUUGUUGUUUGAUAUUCAAUAUUGAUUAUGAUCUUCGUUUGAAUCAACAAACACUUGAGAGAGCGUGUAAAAGAGCCAAACGAAACAUUUAUGAACUCCGUGCGGACCGAUUCAAUCGUCCUGAACAUCGAUCGAUACUAUCAGUAGAAACGAAUACAUUACAUAAUAAACUGAAAGAAUCAAUUCGAGAAAUCAAUCGAAUGUUUCUCGACGAUAAACUGCAGAAUGAUCGACGGCAUUUACAAGAGCUACUAACAUACAUCAAUCAAUUUCAAGGUGAUAUUGAUUUACUCAUGUGUCAAAUGCAAGACGAACCGAAGGUGAAAGAAACAAUUCUGUUUUCUCCGGUUACAACUGAUAUUCUCGAUCGAAUGAACCUUAGCCUCUACUACGUCCGUACAUUAGCAAAGAAGAUCUCCACUGGCGAAUAUCUUCACGAUAAUCUUCAGCCAGAAAACGACAACAACAUCAUGAAUAAUCUUCAAUCGAUUCCAAGCAAAGUUGCGUACAUUGUUAAAAUAAAAACAAGCGAUGAUAUCAGUUCGUCACUGUCAAACGACACGAAUGUAUUCGUUCGGUUACAUGGUGCACAUACAAAAUCACCUGACAUUCGUCUUUUACAAUCGAUUCACAAACACAAAUGGCAAUCAGGUCAAAUCGAUGUAUUUAAUAUCGAAUUGAGCUAUUUAGGCGAGAUCUAUGCCAUGGAGAUCUGGCAUGAUGGGGAAUACUCGUCAUGGAAAGUCGAUUGGAUCGAAGUUCUUGAUGAUAGCGGAAAUCUUAGCCAUUUUCCACUUGAUCGACUUUUCGAUAAACAUUCCGAUGAGAAGAAAACACGUUUUAUUCUCCAACGUGAUAUCGGCCCAGUUAGUCGUUUACCGACGAAAUCGAAGAAACAGCCAAAAUCUUACAAACAAAUUGGCUUUUCAACAUAUACAGUGCAGGUUAAGACAGGCAAACACCCGAAUAAAGUGACAGAUUCGUUGAUAUUCAUGGAACUUCAUGGAGAAAACGGACAAUUCGCAGAUAAUCUCUGCAGUGCGUAUUCAGCAUUCAAGAGUUCGAUCUUUGAACCCGAUCAUUUGGAUACAUUCUACCUCAUUUGGCCACAUUUGGGCAAAUUGCAAUCGUUACAUUUAUCAAUUCAGUCCGAAGGUCAACAACCAGUAUGGUUUUGUGAAUAUAUCAUUGUUGAAGACGGUCAAACAGGAGUACAGUACAAAUUUAUUGUUAAUCAAUCGUUCGAUGGUCUGAAUUUCGAUAAUCUCCAUUCGAGAAAGCAGUUGACUGUAUAUCCUGAAGAGAAAAGUGAAAAGAGCAAGAAAGAAGAUAAACCUAGUUAUUUUUUGAAAUUGAAAACUGGUGAUAAAGGUUUAGCAAGUAUGUCAAAAAUACCAGCGAUUAUGAUCAAUCUCAAGGGUGAACAUGGCAAAUCUGAUGCAUUCACAUUGAAUUCUUCGGAAAAUAAAAGAAAACUAUUUCGAGAGAACCACACAGAUGAAUUUGUACUUCCAUCGACGUUCUAUGUCGGUUCGUUGCAAAGUCUGAAACUAUCAACAAACGAACAUAUCAAUGAAUGGUUUGUUGAAACAAUAAUUAUUCGAGAUAUGAAACAAAAACAGGAUUAUCUCUUUCCCAUUUAUAAAUGGAUGAAAUCUGAUGGCCAAGCAACUAGUUUAACUGCUCAUUCAGUCAAUGAGCAAAAGCCAGAUUAUAUUGUCUAUAUUCGAACAAUAACAAGUGAAUUAACUGGGCCUGAUCGAAAUAUUAAAUUGCACGUCGAAGGAACUAAAGGCAAAGGCAAUUUUCACUUGACCGAUCUUGUUACGAUGCAUAAUAAUUUCCAACCGGGACGUAAAGAUGAAUAUUAUAUUGUCAAAGAGAAUUCCUUAGGUGAAUUGCAAUCAAUUGAGAUUGAUGUAACACAUCCAAAUAUAAAUAAACUUGGUAUUGAUUAUAUUGAAAUCAAAGAUAUGGCAACCAAUGAGUUAUACAAAUUUAUCGUCAAUCGUGUGCUUGACUCGAAAAAUCCGAGAGUGACUGCAAAAUCCGAACGAAUUUCGCAGUUCCUGAAGAAAUCCUCAUCAUCUAAAAUCAACCAUAGUCAACUUUCCUUACCCUCUUCUGUCAAUAAGAAAAAUUUCGAUCAACUAACGACAAAUAUACCACAGGGAGCGAAGCGACCAACUAAUAAUGACUAUAAAGUUUUGAUCAAAACUGGUCGUUCAAGUUUAACAGGAAUCGAUCCCAAAGUUUACUUACAGUUACAUGGAGAGAACGGUGUAUCGAAAAAGAUUCUUCUAAAGAAAUCGAAUGAGCAUUUAUUCAAGAAAAAUCAACACGAUACGUUUGCUUUAACAAUACCUAACGUUGGACAUUUAAAAUCAGCAACACUGUCUGUAGAUGGAAAACUGCACAAUGAAUGGUCAAUUUCAAAGUUAGAAAUCAUUCAAGAAAGCCCAGAACAAAUCUAUCAAGUGGACCUAAACACACACUUAAGUGACACGAAGAGUGAAGUAACUUUCGAUUUCAAUCAACGUUCAGACAUUCGUGUUUCUCCUAAAGAAAAUGUCUAUCGAAUCAAAAUAAAAACUAUCAAAAGACAUCUCGAAGAUCAAAGUACAAAAGUUCAGCUGGAAUUGAUAGAUGACCACGGACGAUCUGAGACGAUUGUUCUCGAUGAAACUGAUACAUUUACUAUCGAAACGAUGAAAGAUCUCGGCAAAUUAAAAAAUGUCAAACUUUCUUUGAUCGGAUCGAAGUCGUCGACGAAAGACUUCUAUCAGGCAGAAUUCAUUGAAGUAUUUCAUCCGAAAACAAAUCGCACGUACCGUGUGGAAUAUACCAAAGACGAUUUUCUCAAUUCCCAGAAAAAUCGUUUCGAACUCAUCAAUUCAGUCAAAUCAAUUUCUGACGUGAACUCUCGUGAAGUUGCUCAUCCUCAAGGAACAAGUCUUUCAUCGAAUAAGACCUUCGUCAAGACUUUUCAUUCCGAUACCGAGGAAGGUGAUUUAUCUUUACAGAAUAGUACGACUGUCUCGUCUUUAUCUGAACGAAUAACGAAUGGUUCGGUCCGAAAGAUCCGUCCAGGUGAUCGAGUGAAGAACAUUAAAAAACGACAAUCAGUGGAACAAGAAAAAGAAAUCAAAAGAGAUGGAUUAUCCAAUCGAUCAUCAAUACGAAAAACUCAACAAACAUUAAACGCAUUACGCAAAGAAAUGAUGGAAGACACACAACAACAAAGAACAUCUAUAAAACACGAAACUGAUGACCGAAAUGGCGCAGUGUCUAUUGUUAAAAGUCCGAUUUUAUCGAAUGUGUCCGAACGAAGAGAUCCGCUCAAGCCAAAUAAGACUUCUUCCGACAUGAAUACAUCGAUGUCAAGACAAAGUGGUCAACAAACGAUAACAGCAUCGAAAAGUGUACCACCCAAUUCUCGAAUUUCAAAAGAUGAUUUCUUGAGACAGAAUUUGAACAGUUCAAAGGAAAACUCAUCAACGGCUGAAACGUUUACCACACAACCAAGCUCGAAACCAGAGGCAAAUACCACUAAAAUUGGCUCUCCAUCACACAAAAUAGCUAACAAUUCAGUGAAGGUAACUAUCGAUAAUAUUCCUUCGGAUUCAAAUUUUCAAACAAACACACAUGCGAUCAGCGCUGUCACAAUUCACACUAUCGCAACGAAAUCAGAUUCGGAUUCUAAUGUGACACAACAAUCUCAUGUCAGCCAAGAAAGUGAACAUUCAUUGCAAAGUAAAUCAUUACUAUCACCUGACAGUGCAAAAAAGCCUCGUAAAAAUCGUCGACGAGAAGAUCGGCAUAUGUCAUCAUCCGGAUCUUUGAGCAACGCAAAAACUGUAGAAAACUCGGCUCCUCAUAUCAAACCUGACAUACCGAAUGCUGCACCGGAUCAAAAAUAUCUUUCAAAAGAAACAAGUGAUAUUCAAUAUUCUUCUGUACACAAACUCCGAUCUACUAUUGGAUCACAUGCUCAAGAGAAAAGUGUCUCGACGGCUACUACAUGCGCUCAACCAUUACUGCCAAACAAUCGCGUUCCUCAGGAAAAUUCGAUUGCAGCCAAAGAUCAACUAAUGCAUAGUCACAACAUAUCGACGAAACUGAAUGACAUCGAUCAUAUGAGUACAGUCUACGAAGAAUCCGAGCCAUCUGCAGUCAGUGCAUCACAUACACAAACAUUCUCGAAGACCGAAAAUGAUACUAACAGUAAAACUAUUCACGAAUGGCUGAAUACAAGUUCAAGUCUAUCGUCUACAAAUCAGAAGAAAACAAGUUCAUCGAAAGAAAGAUCUUCAUCACUUUCCAUUCAUCGUAGAAAAUCGAUUGACGCAACAACGAAACUAACACCAAUCAAAUCUAAUACCUCGAUUGAUUACGAGUUCCGAGUUCAGACUAGUAAUGAUUCACCUCAAGAUGGCACAAAUCAAGCUGUGUUCCUUGAAUUAACGAACACUAAAGAGAAUUCAAUUAAAAUUCCUUUGAUCAAUUCCAUGAAUAACUCGAAACCAUUUCAAAAAGGUCAACUUGAUAUCUUUCAUUUAAAAAUUCCCAGAGCCUUCCAUACUAUUAAAAAAAUCAAUCUUUUGCUUUCGAAUGCUAAUCAAGAUCCAUUGCAUAUUCACUAUUGUGAACUUCAAGAUCGACAAACAAUGAAUACCAUUCAUUUUCCGAUCGAAAAAUGGUUAGGUGCAAAAAAUACGUCUAAUGUUGAAAUGCUCAUUAACAAUAAUAACAAUAUCCUAUCGCAACUCUUCUUGUAA